AUGCCAUUAACAUUAGCCGUAUGUUUGCUGUUCGUCUUGUUUCACACCGGACUGGCAAAAUGUCCAAUCGGGUACAAUGAUAUUUCGGGAGGAUGCUAUAAAGUCAUCAACGGAACGGGUUACAGUUGGAAACGUGCUCGAGAUUAUUGUACGAAUGAUUCUCAAGUUCUACCUGCCAAUAGUACUGUACCAGGUUCGGUCACUCAUUUACUUGCAUUAGAAUAUUUAACAGAACAGAAUGCGUUGUUCUACUGGAUGUCAGCGUAUAGUAUUCAAAGUCCGUUUUGGAUCGAUGGAAUGGUUGCCGAAGGCACAUGGAACUGGUCGGGACAAGCGAUCACUUGGUAUUUUGCAGCAGAUAAACGAGCAGUUAUUGGCAAUGGAACCAAUUAUAAACUGAUUUAUAAUGCAAAUCUAACAAAUUAUCAAAUAGCUGAUGAUGUCGCGUCCAAAGAAUACUAUUUCAUUUGUGAAUAUCAAGUUCCAUGCAAUAGUUCGGGUUCGUGCGGACACAAUAGUCAAUGUUAUACGAAUCUCGGCGAUAAACUCUGUAUUUGUAGUCCAGGAUAUACCGGACCGCAGUGUGACACUGAAAUAGAUGAAUGUUUAGCAGCUCCUUGUCUUCACGGAGGAGUUUGCAAAGAUCAAGUCAACAAUUACACAUGUGAUUGUACAUCGAUAUAUUACACCGGGGGCGAUUGUGAAACAGAAGUGCCUGGUUCAACUGAAAAUCAACGUAAAAUAGCCUUUUGGACAGUUCUGGGUGUUGUGAUUGCUAUUAUUGUUAUUCUAACGCUAUCGGAUUUACCAUGGGUAGACAUUGUGACUAGUAUUGGAUGUGGAAAUUAUUGUCAGACAAAUAAAGAUGCCCAUGUCGAAAUGUACGAUGACAACUUGGAUUUCUCCGGUUCACCAACAAAUGAUGGAAAUUACAGUCGCAAAGUCGUGCCAGUCAAUGAUGGAAAACCAUCGGAUUAUCACGUACGAACUGCAGUAUGGACACCUGAAUAUGAAACUGAUCAAAUAUCGGCUGGUCAUCGUUCCACUAAUCGUAACAUGCAAGAAAGAGAAAUCGAUAGCAGACGUGUUUACGCUGUUGACAUUAAUCAGUCAACAAAAGCGGCAUCAAAACACAAAGAUCCCGCCGAUACCAUGGUCAGCUGGACGCAACAAUUACAAGAACAAUUGCGAAACAAACAACCACGUCAAACAAGUGCCGGUUCAACAAAACAAUUAGUUCAUUCGCCCAGUAACGAUAACAAUUAA